UCAGCAUCGCACCCUUUGGUUGGCCAGACAACGGUUCUUCUGGGAGUCUAUGGAGGGAGACAUAAAGAAGUAUGUCAAUGAGUGUGAGAGGUGCAUUUUGAGUAAACGGCCUGAACCUGAGGCAAGAGCUCCACUUGUGUCAAUCCAGACGACUGCGCCGUUAGAAUUGGUGUGCCUUGAUUUUUGGUCUGCGGAGGAUUCCAAUAACAGGUCGGUCGAUGUAUUAGUGAUCACUGAUCAUUUUACCAAACUUGCCUGUGCCUAUGUGUGUCCAAAUCAAACUGCAGAAGCGGUUGCACGUGUUUUGUGGAACAAGUUUUUCGGUAUUUACGGGUUUCCGAGGCGUGUACAUUCUGACAGGGGAGCUAACUUUGAGAGCGCGUUGAUGGUUGAGCUACUGCGGUUGUCGGGUGUGAGAAAAUCGCACACCACUCCAUAUCAUCCCAUGGGGAAUGGACAGACAGAAAGAUUUAACCGUACCCUGGGUGAUAUGAUCCGUUCGCUCCCUCCGAGGUCCAAAGUUAAGUGGCCACAAAUGUUGAAUACACUUACCUUUGCGUACAAUUGUACGAGACACGAGACUACUGGGUAUCCACCGUUCUUUUUGAUGUUUGGACGAACACCAAGAUUACCGGUAGAUGUCUUGUUUGAAAGCGUCAUCUCGAGCAACGAGUCAGUUGAUGUUCACAAGUAUGUUCAGUCGCUUAAGAAAGACUUAAGAGAAGCAAUGUCAGUUGCUCAAGAACAUUCUAAACGCCAACAGACUAAACAAGCUGAGUAUUAUGACCGAAAGGAAAAGGGGCACUCUCUCGAGUUGGGUGACAGAGUUCUUCUAGCCAACAAAGGGGAGCGUGGGAAAAGAAAGUUAGCGGACCGAUGGGAGAGGGUGGUUUAUGUUGUUGUGGGCAAAAGUGAAGCCUUAAACACGUACAAAAUAAGAAACCCUGGGACAAACCAAAUCAAGACGGUACAUCGUAAUCUGCUAAUGCCUGUGAACUUUCUGCCAGUACCCGCUUGGAAUGAAGGCAGUCACAUCGAUGACAGUGUUGAAAUUUCCUCUGUCGGUACCUCCUGUGAUAGAGAUACUCAAACUGAGAGUGAAGAUCGAACUUCUCGUUGGGUGGCUGAUCUUAAUGCUGUCGCAGAUAUCCAGAGAAAUGAGUCUGUUGUCCAGAGUGAUGCACGGGGUGAUACUAUUGUGGAGUGUGAUACUGACAUAGGGGGAACACAAAUUCAUGAGGUCAGCUCUGAAAAUUUACCCAGUCCAGUUCUGUCGAUAUGCUCAAAUGUGUCUGACCAUUCCACUGUUUCAGUUUUAAGUGAUGAGGUUACUUUGAAUGGUAAUGAACAAAAUCAGUACGAUAUAGAAUCAAACGCUGAAGAUGGAUUCAGGUCAAGAUUUGGGAGACUCAUUAAGCCAGUUAACAGGUUUAUUCAGUCAAUGUCUACGCAUACAGUACACGCAAUUCAUGAGAUUUAGGUCAAUGAAUAGAAUUUGAAGUAGCUGGGUUUGAAAUUUUUGUUAUUUUAAGAACACAUCUUUUGGAGUAUGUACAUUUAAGGGUACAGUUGUCAAUGUCAUGUAUGGAACUAUGUAUAGGGCAUGGUUUUCUAUGGGUAAUUUGGGGAUUAGCUACCCCUGGGUAACCUUAAUCUCGAAAGAGAUAGUUGUGAACUGAACAGAUCUGUUGCGAUCACAGAAUAAUUGACAUUGUUGAGAUUCUUUGGUUUUGAUUCAUAAUCUGGCGUAAAACAGUGGGGGUGGAUGUAACAGGGUAUGUUGUUACUUCAGAUUAUAAAUCAUUAUUUCUUUAUAUUAUGUUAUAUUUAAAUGAAUAAUUGUCUUGGUCUUUUAUUUUAAAAGAUUUUCAUGCGCUUUCACGGGGUUAAGAGUCACAGUGUGCACGUCGGCUGACGUAGCAAGAGGGAUAUAAGUAUUGGCGCGCUCAGAGCUCGGUCUCUUUCCCGAUGUCUGUUGAGAGGAGAGGCAAAAGAGCGACUCAACUGAUAUUGAGAGAGUGACUGCCUGGUUGUGUGUGUUGUACAGGUAUGUAAAUUGAUAUUUAGGAAACACUAUUGCUGUAAUUGUGAAUAUUAAUAUAUUUUUAUAUAAGAAUUAUAUAUAUUCAUAUUGUUAUUAUUAUUAUUGUUAUUUUAUAUUAGUAUUAUACAUUCUGUGUAUGUACAUGUGAAAGUGUAUAUGGAGAGUUCGUUCUCUUUCCCGAUGUCUGUUGAGAGGAGAGGCAAAAGAGCGACUCAACUGAUAUUGAGAGAGUGACUGCCUGGUUGUGUGUGUUGUACAGGCACAAUAAAAUCACCUCAGCACGA